CAAAUAAUUUUUGUUGCUUCCACCACCGCUAUUUUGCAGAAUAUAAAAAAAAUAAGAUACAAAAUUAUUUAAAAUACCUUCUCCAAAACGUUUCGUUUAUUCAUCUCAGUCUUCCCUGAUGGCAUGAACUAGUGGUAGUUAUUUUAGUUAAAAGGAGCAACAAACAUCACCGCCAGAACCUGAGAGAAAGAUUAAAAAAUGGAACCCGUAAGCCUCUACAGUUCGCUCCCUCCAAUUCUUCCUGUUCCCAAAAAGGUUACAAAUCCCAACCGUCACAACUUUCCGUCCGACUCAAGGAGUCCACUUCGUUCCGCUUCUAAAACUUUCACUGCAAAAAACUGCAGAGAGACAACCGGAGACAACACUCCUUCUCCUCUAACCAGUUCUUCGGCUUACGCCGUUCUCGGCGUCGAUCCAAGCUGCUCAGCCGCCGAGCUCAAAGCCGCUUUUCGAUCCAAAGUGAAACAAUACCAUCCAGAUGUGAAUAGAGAUGGGAAAGAUUCUGAUUCGAUGAUUCGACUUGUAAUCCAAGCUUAUGAGAUGUUAUCGGAAUACAGCAGAUCGGAGAUUAUUGAAAGGGAAUGUUUAGAUCCUUUUGAUGAUCCAGAAUGUGAAGCAUUUGAUAUAUUCGUUAACGAAGUUCUUUGUGUUGGCAGAGGAUGCCCAUAUUCAUGCGUCAAAACAGCUCCUCAUGCUUUCUCUUAUGUUUCCCCAAUUGGAACUGCAAGGGCGACUUCUCAAGGACAUGGUGAAGAUUACCAAGUCCAGCUUGCAGUUGGUCAGUGCCCAAGAAGUUGCAUUCAUUAUGUCACACCUUCCCAGAGAGUUAUUCUUGAGGAGUUACUUGAGAGUAUCUUGAAUGUGCCUUACGAUGUAUCUGCUGAGGCAGACUUGCUUUAUUCUCUUAUCACAAAAGCUAAGUUUGAGAACAAUCGAUAUCAAUGGCCAAAGAAGCAACCCAAAACUUCCUCUAAACAUGUUGAUUGGUUCUGACUUGUGGAUAUCAUUCAGCCAUCUGCUGUUAAAACUUAUCUUCAGAAAUUUAACAUGUACCCAACAUCUUUGUCAAAUAGUUGAGGAAGAUGAAGCAAAUUUAAUGAGGAGAUAUAAAUGUCCAUUUUCAGAA